UGCUGCACAGAGUUGAGUUCUGAUCCAUCGUGCGUUGCUGCGCUGUGCUGGUCAGUAGCAGCUUUUAUUGAAGCUUGGCUUCCUGUCGAAUUUCUAGAUUUUUGAAGCAUUUGUACAGGCUUUCCUGUGCUUCAAUUGAAAACUUUGUCCAGAUGACCUGAACUAAGGGGGCAGAGAGAAUAACAGCAUCCUGCUCUUUGUUGGAAUUUCAACAAUAUGGCAGUGCAGUGUGUAACCAAGGUGGAGCUGUCGAUUUCAUGUCAAAAUCUGAUUGACAAAGAUGUGGGGUCAAAGUCAGACCCGCUGUGCGUGCUACUGCAGAGCACAGGAGAAGAUAAGUGGGUCGAGCUGGACCGAACUGAGAGAGUGAAGAACUGCCAGAGUCCUGAGUUCUCAAAGAAGCUGCGGGUGGAUUAUUUCUUUGAGAAGGUGCAGAAGCUCAAGUUCGGAGUCUAUGACAUAGACAACAACUCUGUGGACCUGGGUGACGAUGACUAUCUGGGAGGAUUUGAGUGUACACUUGGGCAGAUUGUGUCAAGUCGGAAACUCAUCAGGCCGCUGGAGCUGAAGAAAGGAAAGCCUGCAGGCAAAGGCAUGAUCACUAUUGGUGCAGAGGAGAUCAACGAUAACAGGGCAAUUGUUCUGGAAGUGGAGGCUCGCAGCCUGGAUAAGAAGGACCUUUUUGGCAAAUCUGAUCCAUUCCUGGAGUUUUCUAAGCAGGGAGAAGAUGGCAAGUGGCAACUGGUUCACAGAACAGAGGUGAUCAAAAACAACCUGAAUCCUUCCUGGAAAAAGUUCUCGGUCUCCCUUCAAACAUUCUGCAAUAGCGACUUGAACAAACCAAUUAAGGUCAGUUGCGUUGAUUAUGAUAGCGAUGGGUCUCAUGACCUGAUUGGCAAUUUUGAAACUAAUGCAGCAGAACUGCAGAAAGCAAGCCUUUCCUCACCGGUUGAGUAUGACUGCAUUCACCCGGAGAAGAAACAGAAGAAGAAAAGUUACAAAAACUCUGGCGUUGUGAAGAUCAGGUCUUGUACGAUUGAAGCCGAGUAUUCGUUCCUGGAUUACGUCAUGGGAGGGUGCCAAAUUAACUUCACAGUUGGUAUUGACUUCACUGGGUCCAACGGGGAUCCCAAAUCCCCAGAUUCCCUGCACUACAUGAGUCCCAACGGGCUGAACCAGUACCUCACAGCACUCUGGUCCGUGGGACAGGUGAUUCAAGAUUAUGACACAGAUAAACUGUUCCCUGCCUUUGGGUUUGGAGCCCAGGUCCCGCCGAACUUCCAGGUGUCUCAUGAAUUUGCACUCAACUUCAACCCCAGCAGCCCUUACUGCCAAGGCAUAACCGGCAUUGUGGAAGCCUAUCGUGCGGCUUUACCCCAAGUGAAGCUGUACGGACCCACCAACUUCUCCCCCAUCAUAAACCAUGUAGCCAGGAUUGCGUCUGGAGGAGCACAGCAGAACACAGCAGGUCAAUAUUUUGUUCUGAUGAUCAUCACUGACGGGGAGAUCACUGACCUGGACCAGACCAGACAAGCCAUUGUGAACUGCUCCAAGCUGCCCAUGUCCAUCAUCAUCAUUGGGGUGGGAGAGGCAGACUUCAAAGCCAUGGAGUUCCUGGAUGGAGAUAACGGUGUUCUGAAAUCUCUGACUGGAGAGAGCGCUGCCAGGGAUGUUGUGCAGUUUGUACCUUUUAGAGAUUUCGUGAAGGCCCCUAAGGAAGCCCUUGCCCAGGCUGUGUUGGCUGAGGUGCCCAGCCAGGCUGUUUCCUACUUCAAGAUGCGUCGGCUGGCUCCAGUGCAGCCCCCGAAGCCUCAGGCGAAGGUGAUCCCCUGAGCCAGAGGAGCAGGAGCUUUCCUUUCAGCUCUGCCUCAUAGCUGGAGGGGCUGCGCUGCCCUGUUAGACCAAAUCUCAUUCUGGAAGUUGCCACUUUUUUUUUUCCAAUGUUUUCUUUUAGUUAAUUUUUUUUUACUUUUUUAAAAUUGUAAUUGUAUUAUAACAAAGAUGAAGCCAAUCUAAUAGAAUAGACCAGUAGUUUAAUCAUUACAAUCCUAGAAAAAUACACUUUGGAGUUUCAAAGAAUGCCAGCCCUUAUUUUAUUAACUGUGUUUACAAUAUAAACUUCUGUCCUGUCUUGUAUUCAUGUGUUUUUUUUUUGUUUGUUUGUUUUUUCACAGAACUUAUAAUAGAAAUGACUAUCAGCUUAGCGUGCACUAUAAACAAUUGCACUUACAAUCAUUUUCCUACCUUCUUAAUGUAUGUAAUCUAUUGGCUGUGAUGCCAGUAUCUGCAAACUAUAUGCCUUCCGGUCUGCACCUGCUUAUAGUUUCCGUAGUUUUUCUUUAAACUGUGCAAUGUGACAAAUGUCAACUAAUUGUAGAAUUAUGCAUGGAAGUUAUUUGCACUUCUCUAUAAAGGAUGUGAGCAUUAUGUGUGUUAAAGAGACGUAUCUUGUACCAAAGUGAACUGCUAAGCCUUACUGGAAUGACGUAGAUCAGGGUUCCCAUCCUGGCUGUCCGUCACUUGCUGUUACAGGUGAAACUGUGUUUAAUAUAGCCUGUGCUUGUGAAGGUGGCUUUGGCUGCAAAAUCAUGUUAAAAUAUAAUAAGAAGCGUUUAAUAUUGAAUUUAUGAUCUGGAUGUGAACAACCUCUGCAUUGUGUUUGUACCACUUGAGACCUUUUUAAAAGUGUUCUGAACCCCCUUUUCUCCUGGAUAGCACUGCGAUAGCAGCUUGGUUUAUCUGAGAUCGUUCCUCUCCAACAACGUAGGAGCUUGUUUUUAAAUAUGUACAGCUAGCGUGCUGGGUGUACAGGAUGAAAACAAAUCAAACUGGAGCCAUCUAACUUGGGAGCAACUGCUCUAGAACACCUCUUUUAAAAGGCAUUACGACUUCACCUUUUAGAGAAAGUAAAAAUAAAAAAGAUGAUGCACAAGUUACGAGUCCACAGAAAAGUCUCUAAAGCAUCACUGUAAAAGCAUCAGGUCCCUGUUUUCUCACGAUGUUAGCUUUUCUGCUCUGGUGGUAUAAACACAAUGCAGUGGCUGAAGGAGAGCUGUGCACCAGGGCAAGGCUUUUCUGAUGUAAUUCUUGGAAUACAAGUGUAAUUCAUAGAUUUCUGUUUUGUAUCUCCUGUACAAACACACUUUGAUAUCAAGUAGUUUUUGCACCACGAAUUAUAACAAUAGUAAUGAUAUGCAUUGUUCUUAAAAUGCAGGUAUUCUGCUUAAGUGCCACUUGCAAAUAUAAUGUCUUGCACAAUAUGCCGUAGAUAUGCUCCUGUUCUUUCUUUCUUUAAUCUAUGGCUUAGCGAGGCAGAUGAUAUGAUUGUAAGCAUUUUCUGUUGCAUCCAAACCAGUGUUGAACUUAAAAUAAAAACCAGUUUCCGCAGGCAGUGUUAUUUCGUGGUGUCGUUCUCAACAGAUGAGCAGCCAGUACAAGCGUGCCAUUGAGUACUUUUACCCCACCCUGCAUUGUUGCAAAUUCACUUUGUACAGUAGUGAGACACAAAGCACGUGCUGAUUCAUUAGUGCCCGGCACUAUGAAAUAAAUGACUAGCACUAACUUGCUCUUGAAUUCCAGGACCGUGCUGCUUUGCAAAUUCUGCAGAUUUAGGGUUGGGAUAUUUUGGAACUUCCUUUCGGAGGGAUUAGGGAUAAAAUGAAGUUUCUGAUUCUGAAAGCUUCAUCCCCGCCCCCUGCAAAAGUAGAGUGUAAUUUUACAACCUGCUUUGAAUGCAACAGAACGCUGCUAUAAAAAUAUAUAUAAUAUAUGUAUUGUAUCAAUAAAAAGAAAACAAUGUA